GAAACUUUUCCUGCACUUAUAAUGAAUCAAGAAUCUCAAAAUUUCUCUAUAAUCGUUCAACAAUCAAGAUCAUCUUUCUGCACUAAUCGUUCUCAAUUUGAACUUCACAAGGAAGCCAGGAGAAAAGCAUUUGGCUAAUUGUUGUAAAGAUUAUAGGUUAUGUUUGCAUCCCGUUUCCAUGGGUUGAUUGAGUUCUAAGUUCUAAAAGGAAGUAAAUUUUGGAAGGACCAAUCUAGCCUACAUGGGUGGUUUGUUUCACCUUUUUGACUUUAGUCAGUCCGGUACAUCCAGAAAAUCUCAAAAGCGGCUCAUCGAUGGUUUAGAAGCUCCACGAAAUAGUUUGGAGCUACCAUCAGAAUCCUCGCCAAGAUAUAGAGCCAUAGGAGAUAAGAUAACGUAUUUGCACCAAGUGAAUCAGAAGACUUCCAAGCAAAACAUUUCUUCAAAUGGAGCUCCAAUGAAAAAGUUGAUCAAUGAGGAGAUAUUAAAAGAUUCAGACAGCAGACGCGGUGUUCCAAGUAUUGUUGCUCGUCUGAUGGGAAUGGAUAUCUUACCAUCAGAGACUAAACCAGCAAUUCAAGUGAGCGAAAAGAAGAUCAAACCAAAACAAGAAAGAUCUCCGGGAAAAGAACAUGUUGCAAGCAAUCCAUAUCUGGAUAAACCUCUCAACUCGAAAUCUCAAACACCGUACAACUUACUCCCGAAUAGUGGAGAAAUGGAUCCUGACAAAUCCUGCCAUGUGUUCGGGAACCCACGGCCACGAGAACAUCCUCAAGAGGAGCAACUACAAAAAUUCAAAAAAGAGUUUGAAGCAUGGCAGGCAGCCACGGUUUGGGAACAGGCAAGGGUUGUUGAGGGCUCCCACAAGGAAAAGCGCACUACCUAUACAGGUCCAAGGAUUACUAGAAGACAAGAGAAGCUUACAGAACUAAAUGGUCAUAGACCUGAACUUCCAGUGAAAUCAAGCGCACGAGAAAGAGGUGAUUCAUACCAUCGUAGAUAUAAGAGCGAUGAUUUAGAUGCUCGUAAUCCAAAGGAUUUCAUUUCCACAAGGAACAAAUGUAAAACUACUUCCAGUUUCGAGCCUCAAACUUACUGUAACACAAGAGACAGAAAACAUUCUGCAGCGACAAGGAUAGUUGUCUUAAAGCCUGGCCUUGAUAGAAGUCCUGGCAGUGAAGAUUCUUGGGCUAGAUCCUCAGACGGUAUAGAAGAUGAAGUAAGUAUAGAAGAUUUUCUUGAAGAAGUUAAAGAAAAGCUGAGGUCCGAAAGGCGAGCAAAGAAGGCUGUGAAAAGAGAUUUUAUUGUUAUAAGGAAUGGGGUUGAGUUUCCUUUUGAUGCAAAGCCAUCAAGCUCGAAGAAAAUAGCGCAGAAUAUAGCAAAGAAAGUACGAGAGUGCGCGUCUAGAGACUUUGGGAUGAAGUUGCUCCGAACGGAGUCAAUGAAGUCGUAUGGAAGUGAAAUUCAGGUUGGUGAAUCAGAAGAAUCCCCGGAGUUCAUCAGUAGAGAAAUGCGGAAGGUCUUAUCCAAGAGGCUAAAAAAUGUCUUAAUAGGAGAAAUAGAUGCUUCUGGUAUUACACCAAAUGAGAGUAGAAACUCAUUCUCCAGAGAUGGUUUCGGUUCCGGAAAGAGAAGCCACUGGGAAAACAUGGAAGAUGAAAAUGAAUUCCAGACCAAUUCUAGAAAUGGAGAGCAGAGUUAUCAAUUACGUUCUACUGGUGAAAUGUUACCGAGGUCGAAUCUCUUAAGAUCGAUGUCAGCUCCUGUAUCAUCAGGAACUUCAUUUGGGAAGCUGCUUUUAGAAGAUCGACAUGUUCUGACAGGGGCACAGUUAAGAAGAAAACAUGAAGUUGCUGAUAAUGUCCCAACGGAGCUGACGAGAAGUAGCAGCACAAAAGAUAAGUUCAACUUGAGAGGAAAAUUUUCGUCUCUCAACAACUUCACUCUUAAAAGCAGGCUGUUUGGAGGGAAGUUGGAGUUGGUGGAUGAAACGGAGAGCAACAAUGGACCUGUCUUCGACAGGAACGCUUUUACAAGUGGUCCGACUGUCAUGAUGAGUCUUGGAAAUACACACGAGAACUGCACUGAGGUACCCCCAAGUCCAGCAUCUGUGUGCAGUAGUGUUCACGAAGAAUGCUGCGAGCCAGACGAGUCAACAAGUCAUGUUGCUGCAGCAGAUGCAUCUGCUAUGGAUGAGCCAGCUGAAUCAACAAAUCUUACUUCCAAAACAGAUGUAUCUGCUAUGGAAAUGGAUCGUUCUCAUUCUCAUCAUGUGUUUAAGGUCCCAGGUGACGAAUUAAGACCGGACGAGUCAGGGUUAGACCAGGAAACAGCAACUGAGGAGGUGAAGGAGGAGGAACAAGUGGUUGAUGACGCGGCAGAAAUGAUGGUGACUGAAAAGGCUUGCAUUAAAGAUCUUCUUCGUAUUUCUGGGUUGUAUGAUGGUGGUGGUGGUGGUUACGAGUCCAGGUUGUCUGCGGGGGCCGAUUUUAAAUGGGUACCACUUGGCAUUUGUGUAUUCGAUAAAGUCGAGGAAUCGAGAAAAGCCAACAACUCAAACAAAUCCGACGGGGAAAGUAAUACAACUCUAGAACAGAAUCACAAGGUGAUAUUUGAUUUGGUAAAUGAAGCAUUGUACACCAUUCUUGAACCAUGUUUUACUACCACUGCUGUUGGGCCAACUAGGAUGCCGCGUGGGAAGAGAUUAUUGGAAAAAGUAUGGAGGAUGAUCGGAAUGUACAUAAACCCACCUGAACAAACUGACGAUGAGAGGAGGUUGUCCUUCUACUCCUUAGAUGCCGUUGUUGCUCGUGAUCUCGGUACAAACUCUUGGUUGGAUUUGAAUCUUGACGACAGUGAAGAUCAGUUGAUAGGAAAGGAAAUUGGAGGGUCCAUUCUAGACGAACUGAUUCAAGAAACAGUGAGGGAUGCUUAUGGUGUGUCUAAGCUUCAGUCCUGAAGCAUUAAUCGAAAUUAAUAUAAUAAGACAUGUUUAAUUGAAGGGUGAUGUAAAAAAAAAUGGUGCUCAUGUAAAACUGUAAAUGGUUUUGAGAUCAUG